GCUCCCAGAACAUGAUCCCCAAACAGACUCAACUCUGCGCUGCCCAGCGGGUCAGCUUUCUAAUGAGAGCCGUUGUGAUCUCCGUCCUGCUGUGGGGCCCGCAGCCCGCGCUGUCGGACUCGGAUGAGGUGGUCCAGACCGAAUGGGAGAUCUGGAAAAGCAGCCACGGCAUAAGCCACGAUGAAUUAGAAGACAUGCAAAGGAUGUCCAUUUGGGAGGAUAAUAAGCGACAGAUUGAGGACCACAAUCAAGGGUUCCUCAUGGGGAGGAAAUCAUUUGCUAUGGCAAUGAACAAAUACGGAGACCUAACAAGACAGGAAUUCCGGGUUUUGCAAGGAGCCAUGAUGAACGCCCAGUACGCAAAGAGAGGGAAGGAGGUCUCUGCUCGAAGGCUGCGUUACAAUGCAAGGAACCGAGACAUCUGGUUUGUGGACUACCGAAACAUGGGUUAUGUCACUGAGGUUAAGGACCAGGGCUACUGUGGCUCAUGCUGGGCUUUCAGUACUACCGGAGCCAUAGAGGGACAGCUCUACAAGAGAACGGGACAGCUCGUUUCUUUGAGCGAGCAAAACCUGGUGGACUGUUCCAAACCGUACGGCACCAAUGGCUGUAGCGGUGCCUGGAUGGCCAACGCCUAUGACUACGUAGUCAGCAACGGGCUGCAGGCUACGGACAGCUACCCGUACACCUCAGUGGACACCCAGCCUUGUUUCUACGACAGCAGGCUGGCGGUUGCUCACAUCAAAGACUACAAGUUCAUACCCAAGGGAGACGAGCAGGCUCUGGCUGACGCUGUGGCCACUAUUGGCCCCAUCACUGUAGCACUGGAUGCGGAUCAUUCAAGCUUCCUGUUCUACAGCUCAGGAAUUUAUGAGGAACCCAACUGUAACUCUAACCAUCUGAGUCACGCGGUGCUGCUGGUGGGCUACGGAUCAGAGGACGGCCAAGACUACUGGAUCAUCAAAAACAGUUGGGGAAGCAGCUGGGGGGAGGGCGGCUACAUGCGAAUGAUCCGCGACGGCAGAAACACCUGUGGCAUUGCCAGCUACGCUUUGUACCCAGUUCUAUGAUUGUGAUGAACAAAAGUUGUUUCUGGAGCCCUCUUUCCCUUCACAAGAGCUCCAGAAAACACUGGUCUGUGCUCAUACAAACCAUGAAAUCUUUCAACCCAUGUAAUCUAUAUUCCCCGAACUCUUAAAGCAGUGUAGACAAAGGUUUGUGCAAAGAUUUACAUCAGCCUUUUUUAUACAGUGAACAUAUUUCUCUUCUCAGGGAUGUAAAACACAUGUUUUAUGGCCUAGCUGUUCUUGAGGUCAUCUUUAUUUGUAACAAAGUUUAAAACUAAAAUUAGAUUAUGCAUUAAUGUCACUUAUCAUACCAAAGCUAAUAACAUGUUUUGCAUGUCCGUGCGCGCAAACAAUUCUGCCUACACAAUCAUCAUCCGUUUCCAUGUCAGAGUGAAAUGUAUUUAUCAGGGUCAACUUCAACUAAAAGUGAAUGUUGGACAAAUUGACAUACAAUUCUUGUCCAGAGUAUUGGAUCACGAUGCAGGUAGAGAGGACUUUAAGUUGCCAUUUGCCGUUUGUCCCUCAAAAUAUUGAAUGCUCCACAGAAGAUAAUUGAUUUCAGUCAACAUAGUGAACAAAAUCGUUACCCUUUCCUGACAACUUCAUUGACAUGUCCAAUCAUUCUGUGCAUGCCUGCAUACAAAUGACAACAACAAUAAUAAUAACUGCCAUCACAUUGGCUGAUUUUUGUAGUUAGCUCUGAUUAAACAGCUACAAAAGUUUUGCUCUCAAACAUAUUGCACCUGUACUUUCAAAUAAAGUGAAUAAAUCUGCCC